CUGCGACGUUUGAAGAACCCCUGUAACUUACCGGCAGCCCUAUAAUUUGGCGGAGAACAUCACUUUUGCGCGAAUUCCCCAAAUUUUAACGCUGCAAGUUUCACCUCGGCUCCGCUGGGAUCCGAGGGCUGGCCGGAGGAGCCGCCGUCGCGCCAGGACCCGGGCAGCCAGGAGGCGAUGCUGCGGGUGCUGGACGCGGGGCUGGAGCGCUGCCUGGCGCUGCACUCGGCCGUGCAGUGCAUCCCCGUGCCCCGGCACAGGAAGCUCUCGGGCAAGGCGGGCAUUGACGAGGUGAUGGCAGCCGCGGUGCUCACCAGCCUCUCCACCAGCCCGCUGGUGCUCGGGCACCCGCUGGCCACUCAUGCCCCAGAGCCCGGCAGUGAGGUCUGGAAGGAGGCUCCUGCCAUGUCCUCCAGCUGCAGCAGCAGCAGCAACACCAGCGGGGACUGGAGCUGGGACCACUCCAGCGACCGAUCCACCCCCUCCACCCCGUCACCCCCCCUCUCCAGCCAUGUCCCCAGCACCUUCCUGCCUGGCCCACUGCCGGAUGAGGGCCCUGAUGAGCCCGAUGGCACCCACUUCGUCUUUGGAGAGCCCACCCCACGGAAGAGGAAGAACUCCACCAAGGUGAUGUUCAAGUGCUUGUGGAAGAGCUGCGGCAAAGUCCUCAGCAGCUCCUCAGGGAUGCAGAAGCACAUCCGAACCAUGCACCUUGGCCGGAAAGCCGACCUGGAGCAGAGCGAUGGCGAGGAGGAUUUCUACUACACGGAGCUGGAUGUGGACGUGGACGCGCUGACUGACGGGCUCUCCAGCCUCACCCCGGUCUCUCCCACCUCCUCGGUGCCUCCUGCCUUUCCCGGCCCCGAGGCUCCUCCACCACCAGUGCUGCCCAUCCUCGACCUGGCCCUGGCCUCCCCCUGCAGCCCCCCGGGGCCCCCCGGCCGCUGCCACGUCCACACUGACCACGCCUACCAGGGCUGCCGGACCCCCCCACGGCCACUGCCCCCGCCCCCACCCAAGCCACCGGCCGUGCCCAGGCGGCCGCGGGGCGAGGCCAAGAAGUGCCGCAAGGUGUACGGCAUGGAGCACCGGGAGAUGUGGUGCACGGCGUGCCGCUGGAAGAAGGCGUGCCAGCGCUUCCUCGACUGACGGAGCCCCGCCGCUCCCUCCUUCUUGCACAUUUUGCACUCGAGGUGCCUUCGCGCCCCCCCCGGCCGCGCCCCCGGACUCAGGGAACGGCCCCCCAAAAAGCUUUAUGCACACACACAGCCCCCUCGCCACGGAGCUUGUCCCCACCCCCGCCUUGUUUUCCCUUUGAAAAUAAGCUAAAUCGAACAACCCCACCCCGCUCCUUGCCGGCGGGGGCUGGCAGGGGGUGUCUGGCUGCUCCCAGCCCCCUCCCCACUCCGGUUUGGGGACCCCCCCCAUGGCUCGAAU